UCCGCUGCCGAGCGUCUGAUGCAAAAGCACGCUUCUGAAGAGACGCACAACCCCACCGUGGAGGAGGUGCCCGACGAGGACCUCGUGGCCCACCCGCCGCCCUCUGACAUUCCCGCGGAGUCUGCUCCGGCUUCUGAUGCGACACUGUCGAGCAAGGCUGCAGGCAAGCAGCCGAUGCGUGAGCAGCCUGCCGCUCCGAAAAAGCCGGCUCUUGAUACCCAGUCUGAGGAGUUGUUCCCUGCUCUGGGCGCCUCCAAGGCUCCGGCCAAUGCUGCUCCGAGCAUGUGGUCGAAGAAACCCGCUGCCGUGGGCAAGGCUGCCAACGGCCGUGGCCCAACUCCACAGAUGUCUCUCCCGGGUCGCUACUCUGAGCAGAUCCAGCUCCACCCCUCGAUGAUGACUCCAAGAAAUCAGCUGAAGAAGCCGGUGGCUGAGGUUCUGCGUGAUAUCAACAAGCGAUCCAAGGCUACUAUCGAAAUGAAGUCUGGACCUGGCGGUGUCAUUGUGUUCGAGGGCUCUGGUCCUGUGGACGCUGUUCGCAUCGCUUUGAAGGAGGUCGCGAACCAGCUUUGUGCUAAGCAAAACCUCAAGGUGCCCAUCCCAAUGAGCGUCCGUGGCAAGAUCGUCGGCAAGCAGGGUGCUACUAUCCAGGCCAUUUCCAAGAAGACUGGUGCCAAGAUCAAUAUUUCGAAGCAAGAGGCGGCAGAAAUUCUCGAGGACGAUGAUAUGGAUGCGACAAUCGAUGUUCAGAUCGAGGGAGACCCGUUUGCUGUUCAGAUGGCGAAGCAGGACAUCGAGAAGAUCGUCAACGAGCACACAUCCACGGCCAGUACUCGUUUGAAGCACAUUCCCGCGGAGUACUACCCAUUCUUGAACCAGCAGCUUGCUGGCUCCCAGGUCGGACAAAAUGCGAAGAUGCAGAUCCCACAAUACACCAACUGGCGCCAGCAGGCACCGGCUCAGAACCCAGCAUCGUUUGCCCCCCAGGCUGGGCUUCCCAUCUCGCUCUCCGGUGAUCGCCAGGCUGUUGCAGAGCUCCGAGCGGAGAUUGACCGCCAGGUCCAGCAAUUGCAAAGGCAACUCAUGCUUGAGCAAAUGGCAGUCGAGCGUGGAAGACACCAGUUCAUCUUCGGCAACAAGGGCACUUCGCUCAACGAGUUCGUCAAGGACACUGGCUGCUCUGUGAUCUUGCCUCCGGACGACGACGAAUCCGAAACCCUCUACAUCGUUGGACCCUCUGAUCGCAUCGAGGAGGCCAAGGAACGGAUCAUGGAUUUGGCGUCGAGCAUGACCAUGGCCAGCGCGGACAUCUCCCGUCAAUUUGCCAACGCCCCACGAGGCGCUCAGAACCACGCUCGUGAUGUCACUCGCUACUUGCAGCAGCGCAAGGCUAUUCAAGACAUUGAGCGUGCGCACAACGCUAGCAUCGUUCCCGACACUACGGGCGCGUGGAACAUAUACGCUCCGGACAACAAGACCGCCAUGAAAGCUCGUGCCGACAUCAUGAGUCUGGUCGGAGGUCACCCACCAAGCCGAUUCCAGCCUGUUGAUGUCGAUCCGUUCUAUCACGCUCACAUUCGCGAGCAGGCUGCCCGACAGAUCCGCGACGACUAUGGUGUUCGUGUCGUCAUUCCCGACGAGUUUGACGAGUCGCCGAUUCUCCUUGUCUACGAAGACCGCUCAGCAUCGCCUGACUACCAGCUCCCAAGACAACCACCACAGCAGUCCGAGGUGCAGGCGUUCCAGCAGGCUCUUCAGCAAGCCCAGAAGCACAUCCUCGGAAUGCUGAGUGGUAACGCGGAGAUCACCUCGCGCGAGGUUGAGGCUCCCGUGAAGUUCCACGACAAGAUCCGUCGCCACGUUGACCGUCACCACCAGUCGUUGGGCGAGGGACAGAUCCCGACUCAAGUCAGCUUCGGUGGUCCUCGUCAAGCCGCGCAAAGACGCAACCCAGGUCCGACCGUCAGUCUGCGCGGACCUCAGGACUCAGUCGACACGCUGAUGCAAAGUCUGCUGGCCUUCAUCGAGCAGGAGAAGCAGGAUGAACUUGAGCGUGGCUUCACAUUGACAUUCGACUUCCCGCAACAACAUGCAAACCAUCUCAUCGGACGCAAGGGCGAGAACAUCAACCGUCUCCGCGAGGAGUUCGAUGUCGACAUUCAGCUGAACGACGGAAAGUGCGAGAUCAAAGGUCCCGAGGCUAAAGCCAAUGCUUGCAAGAAGCACAUUUUGGAGAUGGCGAAAAAGCUUGAAGACGAGACCACUCACCACCUCAACGUGCCAGCCCAAUAUCACAGGGAGCUGAUCGGAGCACAAGGCGCCCAGGUCAACCGUCUGCAGGACCGCUACAACGUCCGCGUAAACUUCCCUCGCAACAAGCAGGGCAACGAUGACGAUGGCGAUGAGGGCGGCUCGCGCCGCAAGGACCAGCAGCAGCCAAACGAGGUUAUCAUCAAGGGUCCCAGCAGGGGCGCCGAUCAAUGUCGCGACGAGCUUCUGAGCCUGCUCCAGUACGUCAAGGACAACUCACACACUGCUACCGUGUCCGUCGCACAAAAUCAGCUGCCGUCAUUGAUCGGAUCUGGAGGCAAGGAGAUGGAGGCUCUGCGUCUCGAGACUGGCGCGCAGGUCGAUGUUCCCAGCGCCCGUGAUGCUGCUAGCGAGAACGGACGUGCAGAGAUCAAGAUCAAGGGCUCGAAGAAGGCCGUUGAAGAUGCCAAGAAGAUGAUCGAGGAGAAAGCCAAAGUGUUUGACAACACCAUCACUCGGAAUCUCGAGGUUGAACGAAAGCACCACCGCCUCAUCAUCGGAUCUGGGGGCUCGAACCUGCGAAACAUCAUCCUCCAAGCUGGUGGCCCAGAGGAGCAGCGCCUUCACAACCGCAUGAUCCGCUUCCCCAAGACUGACGUCGAGGGCAACACCAUUCGCGUGGAGGGUCAGAAGUCUGUCGUCGACAAGAUCUGCUCUGCCAUCGAAGCCCUUGUCAAGGACCAAGAGUCGCAGACCACUGAGAACAUCGAAGUCAAGCCAGAGAAGCACCGUCUACUCAUUGGCCGAGGAGGCGAGACUCGCCGUAACCUCGAGCAGCAAUUCGGCGUCCAGAUCAACGUCCCUCGCCAGACCGACACCGGCCCAAAUCGUUCUCAGGUGCGGAUCCAGGGUCAGGCCGAGAACGUCGAGAAGGCCAAGGCACACAUCAUCGAGCUCACCAAGGACCUCGAGGGCGAGACCGUCUCCAUUCCCCGCCGCUUCCACCACGUCAUCGCGGAUAACGGGCAAUUCUUCCGCCGUCUGCGCAACGACCACAAAGUCACCGUCGACCACGACGGCCAGCGCCCUCCACCAAAGACGACCGCUCCCACCCCAACCCGCGCCAACGGCGGCUCUAUGCCUCUCAUCACCGACGAGCCCGGCUCUAGCAGCCACUCCUGGGAAUCGCACGAUCUCAACUCCUCCACCGAAGAAGGCGACAUCCCCUGGACUCUCUCCGGUGCCAGCCCUGAAGCCGUCGCUGGCGCGCGCGCCAAGCUUGAGAAGGCACUGGAGGAGGCCCAAAGGCAGGACACCAUCGGCUUCCUCAUCCUUCCGGACCCGCGUGCGUACCGACACGUCAUCGGACCGGGCGGCAGUGAAAUCAACCGCAUUCGCAAGAAGACGGGCACGAAGAUUCAGGUUCCACGGGAUCAGCAGUCGGGCGAGGCGAUUGAGAUUGUGGGAUCGAAGGCUGGGGUUGAGGAGGCGAGGGAUGUGAUUUUGGAGAUUGUGCAGAAUAAUGCUUAGUGCAGAGGGAGAGUCGCAUGUGGAGGUCGAAUAAGAUAAUUGGAUCGAGAUAGUGUUGUUGCUGUUCCUGCCGCGAAAAAGGCGUGUAGAUCAGAUGUAUCUUUAGAUUGAGUGGACGUUUUAAAAGCGAAGAAUGAGAAUAUUGUUUACUGUCA